CUAAGCUCCAGAGGCCCCAGGUUCGAUCCUGCCCACUGAUAACUGGGGUCUGUCGGUGUUACAUAUACUAACACUCCUCUUUCUGACACAGUUUAGUUACUGAUGGGAGAUCAAGAUGUUAUUACGGAAGUCCCAGCAGCACUGAAACGGUUGGCCAAAUACAUGGUGCGUGGCUUCUAUGGGGUAGAGUACUCACUGGUCCUUGAUGUAUUGAUCCGAUACCCCUGUGUGAAGGAGGAUGACUUGCUGCUACUGCUCAAGUAUGAACGCAAACAGUUGCGCACUGUCCUCAACACGCUCAAGGCAGAUAAAUUUGUCAAGCUGCGCAUGCGGGUUGAAACAGGGCCCAAUGGGAAGAGUACAAGGCAUAAUUACUACUACAUCAACUACAAGGUGCUGGUGGAUGUGGUUAAGUACAAACUGGAUCAUGUGCGCCGGAAGAUAGAAGCAGAUGAGCGGGAUUCAACUACCAGGUCCUCCUUCAAGUGUCCGUCUUGCUUUAGCACUUACACAGACCUGGAAGUAAAUCAGCUGUUUGACAUAUUCACAGAGACUUUCCGCUGCACCUACUGCAAUGCUGAAGUUGAGGAGGAUGCCUCUGCACUUCCCAAACGAGAUGCUCGAACCUUGCUAGCAAAAUUUAACGAACAGAUCGAACCCAUCUUUGCACUGCUGCGGGAAACUGAAGAGGUUGUUCUACCACAUGAUUUGCUUGAGCCUCAGCCAACGGAAAUUCCAGAGCUAUCAGAAAGCUUUGAACAGAAGGUAUGUUCAAGCAUCCUGGACUCCAGUAGCCAUCCUGAGAAAUGGGCCAACAAGAAUUCAUCUGUCAGUAAUAUGUAUGUUCAAAACUUGGUCAUUGAUGUCCAAGAUUCUGAACCAAAGAUGAAAGGGAAGGAAAAAGUGACUAAAGAACAUCCUAUAUGGAUGUCACAAAGUACUGUACAAGGAGCAUCUUCAUAUGCAACUGACUCCAAUACUGAAAUGUCCAAAGAAACCGAUGACUAUGUUAAGGAAGUUGUUACUGAUAAUGAAGUAAUAAGGACUCUUCUCAUCCAUGAAUCUAAGUCUUCCUCUGGCACAGGGCAUCCCCCUCCGCUUGCCAGAAACAAACUGCAUGAGUCAGAAAGUGACACCAGUGAAUCAGAGGAGGAGGCCAAACAUGCAAAACCUGUGGUAGUUAAAGCAGCAGGGAGUGACUUGGAACAAGAGGAACAGGAAACACUGGAUCCUACAGUAAUGGUUGCUGGACAGGCCCACUUGUACAGUGAAGUUAGUGACAAUCCAGAGCUAGUGUCACUUAUGACAGACAAAGAGAGAGAAGUUUACAUCAAGGUGGGACAAGAAAUGUUCCAGUCUGUCUUUGAGUGAAUGAAUGAAUUAAAAAGCAAUUGUACUGCACAUGUAAGUUUUAGAAGUGCUGUAUGAAGUUCCUGUUGUAGCUUAACCUACAGUUGUUGCUGGGUGAAACAAAUGUAAAGUUCAGGAUAUUUUUUGUGAAGGUGGUGGUAUAGUCUAAAUCUGCUCCUGGGAGAGCUUGCUAUUUAAUUUGUACUUGUGUUGCUUCUCCAAAGCAACAAAGUGAAGAUGUUGCAAAUAACCUUGGUUGGUUUCAAGCUAGAGAAUUUAAAUUGUUUCCAUAUAGUUCCUGUUUGUGAAACAGUCCUAAAUUUUGUUUAAUAUGUUAAGUAUUGUAACAAAAAAACAAAAUGUAAUGCUUUAAUUACUUUAGAAGCAGGAAUCAUCCUGUCUGAUCAAUAAAUAAA